GACUGUACCACUGAGUCUGGGGGGAACUGGAGGAGAAGGGAAAGGCAAUUGUUGUCCGUCUCACAAGCUUCACACACAGAUACAAUGUAACACAACGAGGGGAAGUUUUGCUAAACUGGGGGAAUAGAGACUGGAAGGAAGAAGAGAAGGGGGUGAGUAAGGGAACAGUUUUCUAUCCGCAGCCCUGACCCCUAAUCCUGUGCACAGAAAAGAAUUCCCUGCAGGUGGUUCUGCUGGAGACAAUAAGGAUUAAUCCAGGGAAUAAUUUGUUUCCAAUCCUCAAGACAAUCGGGAAAUGAGAUCCAGGGCAAAGAUGGUGCAUCAGAUCAAGAUCUUACCAGACAAGGAGAGUAGAACAUUCUUCAGGGCUGAAGGAUAUAAUUUCGUUCCAUACGGAUCACAGAGCUCUCAGCUGAACAAGAUCAAAAGAGACCAAAGUCCAGAUGUUCAGCAGGACCUCAACCAAACCCAAAUUCACACAGCAGGGGAAUCGUCGAAGUGUAAUAAAUUGGGCAGGACAUUGAACAAGAAGAAGCAAAGUCAGGCAAUUAAAGAAAAGAAGAAGCAAAGUCAGGCAAUUAAAGAAAAGAAGAAGCAAAGUCAGGCAAUUAAAGAAAAGAAGAAGCAAAGUCAGGCAAUUAAAGAAGAUCAAACAGAAGAAAAGUCCUCAGAUCUAACAACACAAAAUGAGUCUCACUAUGAAGUAAAUCCUUCUGCCAAGAAUGAACUCAAACCUGACUCGGGAGAGAGGCCUUUUGUCUGUAAUGAGUGUGGCAAAAGCUUCAAGGCCAAAUGUAAACUCAACGUUCAUCUUCGAAUUCACACUGGAGAGCAACGAUAUGUAUGUAGUGAGUGUGGGAAGUGCCUCAGAGAUAGAAGUAGCCUUGAAGACCAUUAUCGGAUGCACACAGGAGAGAAACCAUUCAUCUGUCCCGAAUGUGGGAAAUGUUUCUUAAGAAAAACCAACCUUAAUUCUCAUAUGAAAAUUCACACCAGGGCAAAUCCUUCAUUCUGUACGGAGCCACGAGAUGGUUCUCUCCAAAUUCACACCCGUCCAAACCCUUUUGUCUGCACAGAGUGUGGGAAAAGCUAUAAAGAUAAAAGAAACUUAACGAUUCAUCUUAAAGUUCACACAGGAAUGACUUUGCCUUGCACAGAGUGUGGAAAAACAUUUAUAACAAAGAGGAACCUUAUAAGGCACCAAAUGAUCCACACUGGGGAGAAACCAUACGAGUGCACAGAGUGUGGAAAGAACUUUAGGUGCAAAAGUAAGCUGAACAUUCAUUAUCUCCUUCAUACUGGUGUCAAGCCUUUCACAUGCCCAGAGUGUGGGAAACAGUUUACAUGGAAACAUGCGCUUGCUGAUCACCAGCUAAGUCACACUGGGGAGAAACCAUAUAUCUGUGAAGAGUGUGGGAAAGGCUUCAGGGUUAGCAUCCAACUCAAGCUACAUCUUCAGUGUCACACUGGGGAGAAACUGUUUGCCUGUUCUGAGUGCGGGUCGAGCUUUAGCAGUAAUGGAGACCUUAAGCGGCAUGUUAUGAUUCACACAGGAGAGAAACCCUUUGCCUGUACUCAAUGUGUGAAAACCUUCAGGACAAAGGGUGAACUUGUUGUCCAUUGUCGUAUUCACACAAGAGAGAAACCGUUUGCAUGUACUGAAUGUAGUAAAAGCUUUAAGAAAAAGGGUCAGCUCUUUGCCCAUUGUCAAACUCACACAGGAAAAAAGCCUUUUGUCUGCUCUGAGUGUGGCGAAAGCUUCAGGUCAAAACAUUCUCUUGUUUCUCAUUUAAGGUUUCACACAGGAGAGAAUUCAUUUGACUGUACUGAGUGUGGAAAAAGCUACACGGCAAAGAGCGCUCUUGUUUCUCAUCUAAAGAGCCACACUGGAGAGAAGCCAUUUGUCUGCACCACAUAGCUGAGCAAACUACAGUGAUAAGAGAUGUUGCUCAUCUUCACAGUCACAAAUGAUAAACCCUUCCCAAGUACAUUUUGGGGGUACCCUUCAGCGAUUGGUCUCCAGAUGGCUUAUGCUGGAAAGAAUAUUUUUUCUUGUGCUAAACAGAGUUUCAAAGUGUUCUGAAAAUGAACCCUUGAACCUACUAUGUUUCUCUCCUGUAAACAGCUGACAUAUGCACAAGAGUCUCAGGUGGACAUGAUGGUUGUUCCAUGGGAAAUUUUGUUUAGUACAAGUCAGUAAUUGGGGAAGUUCAGCAGCCAUAUCUGAGUUGGGUUGAGUCUGGAGAUGAAUGUGAUUGUGAAAUAAAGUUUUCUUUUUAUCCAAA